AUGAAACAGUUCGCCGUUCUUUUGUGCCUCUCGUUGGCAACAGCUGCUCCUCAGGGCUACAAGUAUCAGCAGAAUGCGCCUGUCAUCCAAGCUGGCAACCUGCGUCCCCAGACACCCCUUGCGCCCAGUGGAAUAUUUAGUGUGCCGGCCCAGCAGCAGCAUCAGGUUAUCCAGACGGUGUCGCCUCCAGUGCAUACAGUUGUGAACACUGUAGAGCCACAGGUGCAGCUCCAGACUAUUCAGCAGCCUCAGCAGCAGAUUGUGCAGACUCAGUUUGUGCAGCGUCCUGCGAUUGUCACCAAGGAUAUUUACAUUCACUCCGCACCCGAUGACACCGAGGAUAUCACCCAGGCUGGACCUCAGCUGGACAAUCUGCCCAUUCGCAAGAACUAUCGCAUUGUGUUCAUCAAGGCGCCAACACAGAACCUGAAGCACACUGCAGCUGCUCUGAAGCGCGCCCAGGCCAGCAACGAGGAGAAGACCGUCAUCUAUGUGCUGUCCAAGAAGCCCGACAUUACCGAAAUCCAGCAACAUCUGCAGCUCAGCCAGACCGAGUCCAAGGUACACAAGCCAGAGGUCUACUUCAUCAAGUACAAGACCACAGAGGAGGCUCAACGUGCCCAGCAGGAAAUCCAAGCUCAAUACGAUGCUCUCGGCGGUGCUACCCACAUUUCCGAUGAGGGUGUUGCUCCCAUUACCAGUUUCUCGGGUGGCUCUCUGAACUUGGGCAGCAUUGUGCCCCAGCACAUUCAGACCCAGACCAUUCAUCAGCAGCCUCAGACCCAGACCAUUGUCCAGACCACGCAGAAUGCUCCACUCGUCGGACAGGGUAUCCAGCAGCAAACCUCCUUUGUGCAGCAAUCCGGUCUGCAGACCACAUCUGUGACUUCUGGUGCCAAAUUUGGUGUCAAUCAGCCAUCCAAUAGAUACGUUCCAGCCAAGACCUUCAAAUAG